UGCGUCGACUUCCGUUUGACUCUCAGCUCGACGGUUUCCGGUGUUCUUGAUAAACAAACCGAGGCAUUAAAUUAUCCUCUUAAAUUCCGUCAAGAAAGACCUCUGUUCGCCUAACUCCAAUAAAAUGGGCGUUGAUGUCGAAGUUAUUUCUCCCGGAGACGGCCAGACGUACCCUAAGACUGGCCAGACCGUAGUGGUGCACUACACUGGCACGCUCACUAAUGGAACCAAAUUCGAUUCUUCCCGCGACAGGAACAGCCCAUUCAAGUUCCGCCUCGGACGCGGUGAGGUCAUCAAGGGCUGGGACCAGGGCGUGGCUCAGAUGUGUGUUGGCGAACGCGCUAGGCUGACCUGCUCCCCUGAUUUUGCCUAUGGCUCUCGUGGUCACCCAGGAAUUAUCCCUCCAAAUGCCACGCUGAUUUUUGAUGUCGAGCUGCUGCGAGUUGAGCCUUGAAGAGCUGCACCUCUGCGCCUGCUCUUUCCACCGUCUAUAGGCCGUCUAAAAUGACGAGCAGCUCACCUUAAUUUACCCCAUCAAAAAUACCCACUUUUUAAUGCUGUUACGUGAAAAGAACCUAUACUACCUAUCGAGUCUGCAAUUAAUAUCCAAAAUAUCCCGUCUUCAUAAUUUACGAGGGUAGAUUACAUUUCGUGUAGAAGACCUUUCAUAUUUGACUACUUCCUGGCUUGAUUAAGCCAAAUAAUUCAGGUCUACUUGCAUUUGUUGUUCUGCCUCACUGUUACACAAAAUCAGUACGUGUGUUUGCUUUUGUAUCGAUUUGUUCUCAAGAUUGAAAUUAAAACCGACACAAAUUA